GCUUUGCGCUGAGAUUAGCUGCUCUUUGCAUUUCCUUGUAGCUGUGGAUGUGGUUUCUGUAGUGAUGGGACCGAGUGCGGAGAUCUAUUGGCUGCUGGCUUUGUAAAUUUCAUUCAGUUUGGUCCAAUAGCAGAGGGGGAUCGGGGAGACAUCGGGAGCUCUCGCUUCAAUCUCCCUUUUCCUUGCAGACCCGUCUGUGUCUCUCAGCACAGAGCUCUUAUUCAGACCUCGCCGUGCCCUUCCUGCUCCCACUGUCUUGCUUUCUCUUCCUGACUAUUUUAGGGCACAAACAACGAAUUUCCUCCAAGCGGCCGGCCUCGGUGGUCCCCGCAUUCCUUUGGAUGAGCACAUCUAGUUGGGAUUUGGACAAAGCCCAGGCUCCUGGACUCGCACACAGCCUCCUGAAUCCUACCCGCGGUCAGGAUUCCCUAGAAAAAUCUGGAUGUGUGAAAAAGAACACUCAGAGCCGAUGCAGAUUUUUCCACGGCUAAAGGUAUUUUUUUGACCUACUACACGGGGUGAAUUGGAAUGGCUUUGAAGAUCUUCAUGAACCCCCAAAUCUUCAGUUGUAAAGAUGAGAGUACAUGGAGAGGCCUCCUUGAAACAUUAUCCUAGUGUGGAAUGAAUCCUUCUUCUGUCCGGACCUGAUAUUCCUCAGAAGGGAAAAAUGUGUUGAGAUGGAAAAGACAUCAAGUAUAUGUCCGUGGAGGCAUUUUUAAAGGCAUCUUCUUAGAAGGACACCGUAAUGGCGGACUGCUCUGCCUGGGAGUUUUCCUAAGGAAUCCUUGUCCUCGGAUAUCGGAUGGUCACCGCCUCCUUGGAGCCUCACACUUGCCGGGAUUCGGUGCCAGGAUUAAGAGAGGGCUGCUCUCUCUCGCAAUGGGCUGCCGAGACAACUGCUGGGUUUCUUCUUAACCUUGGGCUCUGUCUAUGACCCAUCUGAGAGGCUCCCCUCCUGGGUCCUUUGCUCCCUUGAAAGCCCUAUCUCUCUGUGGGCUCACCUCACGGCUCUGUUUGCUUGGAGUUGUAUCACACGGACACCUGCGGAUGUGGAAGUGAACAAUGUCGAGGCCCAAGGGACUGUUAUGGCUUCCGUUGUUCUUUACCCCGGUCUGCGUCAUGUUGAACUCCAAUGUUCUCCUGUGGAUAACCGCUCUUGCCAUUAAGUUCACGCUCAGUGACAGCCAAGCACAGUAUCCAGUGGUCAACACAAAUUAUGGCAAAAUCCGGGGCUUAAGAACACCAUUGCCCAAUGAGAUUUUGGGUCCAGUGGAGCAGUACUUGGGGGUCCCGUAUGCCUCUCCUCCCACUGGAGAGAGGCGAUUUCAGCCCCCAGAGCCCCCGUCCUCAUGGACUGGAGUUCGAAAUGCCACCCAGUUCGCUGCUGUGUGCCCCCAACACCUGGACGAGAGGUCUUUAUUACAUGAUAUGCUGCCCAUCUGGUUUACUGCUAAUUUGGAUACUUUAAUGACCUACGUUCAAGAUCAAAACGAAGACUGCCUUUACUUAAACAUCUACGUGCCCACGGAGGAUGGAGCCAACACAAAGAAAAACGCAGGUGAUAUAACCACUAAUGAUCGUGCUGAAGAUGAAGACAUCCAUGAUCAGAACAGUAAGAAGCCGGUCAUGGUCUAUAUCCACGGCGGGUCUUACAUGGAGGGCACUGGGAAUAUGAUAGACGGCAGUGUGCUGGCCAGCUACGGCAAUGUCAUUGUGAUCACCAUUAACUACCGGCUGGGAAUUCUAGGGUUUUUAAGUACCGGUGACCAGGCGGCCAAAGGCAACUAUGGGCUCCUGGACCAGAUCCAGGCACUUCGGUGGAUUGAGGAGAAUGUCGGGGCCUUCGGCGGGGAUCCCAAGCGAGUGACCAUCUUCGGCUCAGGCGCGGGGGCGUCUUGCGUCAGUCUGUUGACCUUGUCGCACUAUUCAGAAGGUCUGUUCCAGAAGGCGAUCAUCCAGAGCGGGACCGCACUGUCCAGCUGGGCAGUGAACUACCAGCCAGCCAAGUACACGCGGAUAUUGGCAGAUAAAGUCGGCUGCAACAUGCUGGACACAACGGACAUGGUGGAAUGCCUUCGGAAUAAGAACUACAAGGAGCUCAUUCAGCAGACCAUCACCCCGGCCACGUACCACAUUUCCUUUGGCCCCGUCAUCGACGGGGACGUCAUCCCAGACGACCCUCAGAUCCUGAUGGAGCAGGGGGAGUUCCUCAAUUACGACAUCAUGCUUGGUGUCAACCAGGGGGAAGGCUUGAAGUUUGUCGACGGCAUCGUGGACAACGAAGAUGGUGUGACGCCCAAUGACUUUGACUUCUCCGUGUCCAACUUUGUGGACAACCUUUACGGCUACCCAGAGGGGAAAGACACUUUGCGGGAAACCAUCAAGUUCAUGUACACGGACUGGGCAGACAAGGAAAACCCCGAGACACGGCGAAAGACCCUGGUGGCUCUCUUCACGGAUCACCAGUGGGUGGCCCCCGCGGUGGCCACGGCUGACCUGCAUGCUCAGUACGGCUCCCCGACUUACUUCUAUGCCUUCUACCACCACUGCCAGAGUGAAAUGAAGCCCAGCUGGGCGGACUCAGCCCAUGGUGACGAAGUCCCCUACGUCUUUGGGAUCCCCAUGAUUGGCCCUACUGAACUCUUCAGUUGUAACUUCUCCAAGAACGACGUCAUGCUCAGCGCAGUGGUCAUGACCUACUGGACCAAUUUUGCCAAAACCGGUGACCCAAAUCAGCCUGUUCCUCAGGACACCAAGUUCAUUCAUACAAAACCCAAUCGCUUUGAGGAAGUGGCCUGGUCCAAGUAUAACCCCAAAGACCAGCUCUAUCUACAUAUUGGCCUGAAGCCCAGAGUGAGGGAUCACUACCGAGCUACCAAGGUGGCUUUCUGGCUGGAACUGGUUCCCCACCUGCACAACCUGAAUGAGAUAUUCCAGUACGUGUCAACAACCACGAAGGUCCCUCCUCCCGACAUGACCUCCUUCCCCUAUGGAACCCGGCGGUCUCCCGCCAAGAUAUGGCCCACGACCAAACGCCCAGCCAUCACUCCCGCUAACAACCCCAAACACUCCAAGGACCCUCAUAAGACAGGGCCCGAGGACACAACCGUCCUCAUCGAAACCAAACGGGAUUAUUCCACUGAACUGAGCGUCACCAUCGCCGUGGGGGCCUCCCUGCUCUUCCUCAACAUUCUGGCAUUUGCGGCUCUGUACUACAAGAAGGACAAGAGACGCCACGAGACGCACAGGCGCCCCAGUCCCCAGAGGAAUACCACAAACGACAUCGCUCACAUCCAGAACGAAGAGAUCAUGUCCCUACAGAUGAAGCAGCUGGAACAUGACCACGAGUGUGAGUCCCUGCAGGCUCACGACACGCUGAGGCUCACCUGUCCUCCAGACUACACCCUGACGCUGCGCAGGUCUCCAGAUGACAUCCCACUCAUGACACCAAAUACCAUCACCAUGAUCCCAAACACACUGACGGGCAUGCAGCCUUUGCACACAUUCAACACCUUCAGCGGAGGACAAAACAGUACCAAUCUCCCCCACGGACACUCGACCACUAGAGUAUAGCUUUGCUGUUCCUUUCCGCUACAUCUGCUCCUUCCCGCUGGAGAGAGGGAGAAAGUGAGAAGCAACGUGUGCCCACGAGGAGUGUGGGUCAUCCCACUGACAUAAGACAAAAAGAACAGGGCCACCAUCGUGUCCCUGUAGACCCAUCCCAUUGGCAUUUCCCAGUACGACAAGAUCUACUUCUGACCCUAUGAAAUGUGAAAAAGUAUACAUUGCUGUUACAAUACUGCUUUAACAUCUCCACCUCUCCAGAGAACGUUUAGUGUGGCUAGGACAUCACCGUCUCCAGGACCUGGAUGCUUCCCGUGUUAACAAUAGAAGCUGACACUUUGGGGACUCAGCCAGGGACACUCAAGAAAAAAAAAUUUUUUAAUUAACAGUUGAAAAAUACAAUAUGUGCCAUACGACGGAUGGCUCUACUUAAGGGAAGGACGAGUCUGUGGGAUUUUACCCAGUGCAUGGAGCUAUCAUCCAGACAGAAGGAGAAGUAGAAUUUUAUUAUUACAAGAGCCGACUAUGCAGUAACAUAUGUAUAGUUCUGUGCAAAGAGGUGUUUCGCCAGCCUGAACUAUAUUUAAGGAACUUUGUAAAAAAAAAAAAAGAAAAAAACAAAUGUAUAUAGCUGUGAGUUUCAACAAAAAGACACACAGAGAAAGGAAAAAAAAAACAACAAAAAAGCUUUUAUUGGUGUUUUCAGUUUGAAAGACCUUUUAGCAAGAUUGUGCUUUCCAUUGUGGUCUGUAUGUAUAUAAAUAUAUAUAUAUACAUUAGUCAUUCACCUCUGUUUCCUCCAGGACACAGGAGGAUGUUCUUAAUUCCUUGUGGUAAGCAAACACAUGGGGUUUUCUAACGCAUUUCAUUUGUAGGACGAUGUGGUGUCACACAGCGGACCCAGACUGUCUGUGUGGUGGGGCUCUUCACCCCCCUUUCUGGGAUGCAUGCGACAGCAUUGUUAGGAGACCGACCGUUGUGUUAGCAAACUUUUAUUUUUGUGUGUGUUAGCCUCCAUGGAGUUGCACCACCUAGAUGGAUCCCCCAUCCCCAGCGUGGAGUUUAUGUAAAGCUUGCUGAAUUAGAAACACACACACACAGAGACACUGCAGGAACAAAAAACAAAAUACAAGUCUUGGUCUAUGGUUGUGGUUCUUUGAAUAUGUUUAGGGAGACCUGCUGCCCAGCCCCAGGGGUCCUGCCAAAAAGGAAAGAAAGCUUGCCUUUGGUGGGGGUGGGGCCAUGCCCCGCCGGGUAAAUACGGCUCAGUGUUCCCCAGCAGCUGCAGAAAGGGCUGUGGGUGCCGGGCUACCUGCUCAGCUUAGCUAAUCAGAUUGAAGGAGGGCAUGUGUGUUUCCUGUUUUUUCUUUAAGCAGUAAGUCCCUUAUUUAUCAGGAAGCAAGAUUUUUUUUUUUAUUCUUUACAUCGUUUAUGGGAUAACACAUAUGCUUGUCUAAAGUACUGUGAGACUUGUGUAUCAGUCACUGGUCAAUGAAUCGUACGGGGAGAAAACAAACCCACGUGAAAGGACAGAACGUGAAAAGCCCUCUGCAUGGGUUUUUCUGCAAAGUUAGGGUCGCCUUCACUGUCAAGAUAAGUUACGGAAAUUAUUCGCCCCACUUAAAAUUGGCAAGCUGGGGACUGGACAUUUGCCCCCAACACCUCCUCACAUUCCCACUGUCCUUUUAAUUUUAUCUGAAGGAAUAUUUUGAGUUUCCUCCGGUGGAAGGGAAAAGAACAAUGGUUACUUUAUAGUUUGUCUUUCAAGAGUUAUUGCAACAUCAGGAAGUAGCAGCCAAAGAUGUUUGAAAAUCCUGUCUCUGGGCUUGACUAUGGUUAUUUCAGAAAGCGAGGCUUACAAGUCAUUGCUACGUUGGGGAUGCUCCACAAGAUAAGUCCAGCGUCCUUGCCCCUUGGCACAACGCUCGAGUACUGAACCCCUACACUAAAACAGUAACGAUCGAUACCAACGUCUUCGAAACCGCCCUUUAGCAAAAGACAGUUCUUACAGGUGCAUAGAAGUCCCACGAUAAAUUCUGUCGUCCAUCUGGGUUAAGAUUUGAGAGUGGGUCUCUGUAUAUACAUAUGUGAACUAUUAUAAUCCCCACUUUGCACAUGGCCAACCAACAAUCCUUUCCUGCAGCUAGACGUGUCACGGGUACAAGUUUUGUCCCCAGUUCAUCCUUUUCUAAAGGUAUUGUCAGGUCAUUUCUGCAAGCUAUGUAUUACCCCCAGCGGGGUACGGCAAAUAGACUCUCCAUACAACUACCCGAGAGGUGAUGCUUGGCAUCAGUGUGGGUCUGGUAUGUUUGUAAUGUGAAUUCCAAUAUUUGUUUAGUAUUUCCAAUUGUCUUCUGCUAGCAAUAUGCACAGUAAUGUAUCAGGCUUGUGACAUUUGGAUAAGGAAAAAAAAAAAGAGUUCUUGUUAAGUGAAUAGCUUUUACAGAGGAUAUGAUCAAAAGAAAUUUAAUACACCUUAAAUGAUAUCUUAUUUCUACAUGGAAAGAAGUUAUAGAAUCUUCAUAGAGUUCUAUGAGAAUAAAAUAUACUUGCUAUCUAUAAAAAAGAGAAAAACGAGAAAAAAAAAUGAGAAAAAGAAAAUAAGUUAAAAAAAAAAAAAACUUUCCUAGGCUUUUAUCCUUGACCUUCACAGGCACGCAGGGUUUAAUGGUUUCUUGGGUUAUUAUUUUGAAAUUUUGUUUUUGAUUUUGCCUUAAGUAAUGAUAGAAGAUAUAUAUGGCUGGACACAUAUGUAUAAACUUUUCAGCAGCAUUUUUAAUAAUAAAAUAUCACAGUAUUUUCUAA